GUACGAUAUCGAAUCGUUUCCGGUGGAUCAGAUGUGUUCCGUCUUGAGCCACAAACAGGAUAUUUGUAUGUGCAAAGUCGGUUAACCAAAAAGAGUUACGAUGUUGUUGUGCAGGCCAAAGAUGGAGGAGGUCUUAUUAGUGAGCACAAGGUUUGUUGA